AGUUAUGAGUUCAUCAAGAUCGGUUAUCGUAGCGGUCCUGCUUGUUUUUGCGAUGUGUGCAUGUCAAGUCACAUCGCGGACACUAAACCAAGAGACCAUGUUACAACGGCACCAACAAUGGAUGGCUCAGUAUGGGCGCGUAUAUAGAGAUGAUGUGGAGAAAGAAAUGCGAUUCAAGAUAUUCAGCAACAAUGUUGAAUAUAUAGAAUCAUUCAACAAUGCCGGAAACCGUCCAUACAAGCUGAGUGUUAACCAGUUUGCUGACCAAACAAAUGAGGAGUUCAAGGCUGCUCGUAACGGCUUCAAGGUCCCGUCUGAUCUUGAAUCAACUCGGGCCACACCAUUUAGGUAUGAAAAUGUGACUGUAGUUCCGUCCAGCAUGGAUUGGAGGAAAAAAGGCGCGGUCACCCCGGUCAAAGAUCAAGGUCAAUGCGGAAGUUGUUGGGCAUUCUCAACAAUAGCUGCAACCGAAGGGAUCACUCAAAUCACAACCGGAAAAUUGAUUUCGCUCUCUGAGCAAGAGAUAGUAGAUUGUGACAAAACAAGCGAAGACCAAGGAUGCGAAGGCGGAUAUAUGGAAGACGGGUUUGAAUUCAUCAUAAAAAACAAAGGCAUCAACACGGAAGUAGGAUACCCAUACACAGCUGCCGAUGGGACCUGUAAUACCAAGGAAGAAUCCGUUCGCGCUGCCAAAAUUAGUGGGUACGAAAAGGUUCCCAUUAACAGUGAAAAGGCAUUGUUACAGGCAGUGGCGAAUCAACCCGUGUCAGUUUCUAUAGAUGCAAGUGGAGCUGAUUUUCAAUUUUACUCGAGUGGGGUUUUUACUGGAGAUUGUGGGACUGAUUUGGAUCAUGGUGUAACAGCAGUCGGGUAUGGAAUAGCCGAUGAUGGUACAAAGUAUUGGUUGGUGAAGAACUCAUGGGGUGCGAGUUGGGGAGAUAACGGAUACAUAAUGAUGGAAAGAGAUGUUAGUGCUAAAGAAGGCCUGUGUGGGAUUGCUAUGGAUUCAUCUUAUCCAACAGCAUAAGGUUGAAAAAAGUAUUCAUGAUCUUUGUGUUGGUCACAAUCUAUGUUACCUCACAGCUUGAAAUGUUGAAUAUGUAAUCAUGUUCAUAUGUAUGAUUGUAAUUAAAAUAUGUGAAAAAGAACCUGUGUACAUACUCCAUUAUCGAAAUGAUAUUCUAUUAUCAUGCUUCUUAGUUCA